GGGCUCCACACACUGCUGAGCUUAUCUCACUUUACGGGGCAGCGGGUGGCACGUCACAGCCUGGGUUCCUUCACGUAUUUCCUGCAUGGGUUUUCCAGGUGGAGGGGAAGGGCUGGAGGACCGGACUCCCCUCUGUGUUUACACGGUGGCCGGUGCCUGGGUAGCUCUGCUUGCCAGCCCGGCUGCAGGCUGGAACACGCCGACUGCGGCGUCAACGGACCUGGAGCUCAGCGGUUCCCCGGGUGAAAUUUAGCCCAGCGGUUAGUUUCCUCCUGUGGACGGAUAUACCAAAAGGUAUCGGAUCGGGGACUUUCCAGGACCAUGUGUGCGGCUGCCAUCAAAAACUGGAGGGGAAUGCCUGUCUCUGUCUGCCUGCUGUGUUCUCCACCUGAAAACAUCGCUGCAGGCCGGCUUAUUAGGUGAAGACCAUGAUGCCCUUGAAGUAGCAGCCUAUCCUACCUAGCGUGUUUCGUCAACCAAACCCAGAGCAUCCCCACAACGAAGGCACUGAGCAUUGCACCUCUCCCAUCCCUUGGUGGGAUCCCUGGGCUCAGGUGAGGAGCAUCUGAGGUACGGAGCCCUCCCUCUGACCAUCAUGGAGCCCACAGCUCACAGCCAGCAGGAGGCAUCUACGGCUUCUAGCACGGAGACAGCAGAAGACCUUGCUUUCAAGUUAAAUGCUGCUUUGAGGAACAAAGAUGAAAAAACUGUGCAGGAGCUGCUGGAAAAAGGGGCAGAUGUGAACUCCAAAGCAGGAAGUGGCUGGACACCACUGCAAAGCGCUGUGCAAGCUGACCUUGAGUGCCUGGUCAAGGUUCUGCUGGACAAGGGUGCUUGUCCACAUGCCAGGAAGGACAAUGGUGGCACUGCAUUUAUUGAGGCAGCGGCAGUGGGAAAUGUGAAUAUACUGAAGCUCCUCCUUGAUUAUGGGAUAGACAUUAACGACCAUGAUGACAACGGCUUCACAGCUUUCAUGGAGGCUGCGUGGUAUGGGAAUGAGGAAGCCUUGAGAUUCCUGUAUAGCAAAGGAGCAAAUGUGAAUUUGAGGAGGGUGGUUAGUGAGGAGAAUGCAAAACUGCAUAAAGGAGGUGCGACAGCACUGAUGGAUGCUUGUGAGAAGCGCCGCUUCCCGGCUGUAAAAAUUCUUGUCCAAGAGCUGGGGGCUGAUGUGAACAUUCGUGACAACAAAGAUAGGAAUGCCUUGAUCCACACCCUCAAGAAAUCUGAUUCCAAGCAAAGAUACGAGUUAGCAGUCUCCAUAGGCCAUUUCCUGCUGGACUGCGGUAUUGAUGUGACCAGCAAAGAUGAAUGUGGGAAAACUGCCCUCAUCCUAGCUGUUGAAAUGGAGAGCACAGACUUGGUGAAAGCUUUAUUGGAGAAGGGUGAAAUAGAUAUUGAUGACGCAGAUGAGGAGGGCAACACGGCUCUGAUGGUGGCUGUUGAGAAAGAUGAUUACGAUAUAGCAAAGUUGUUGUGUGAAAAAGGAGCAAGGACUGAUGUGGGGAACCUUAUCGCCGUCGCGAAUAGGAACCGUAAUCGUGACAUGGCACAUCUUCUUCUCCAAUAUAAUGCCAAGUAUGUUCCAGAAACCUUCGAAGACUGGGAGCCAAACAGCAAACGCUGGAGGGACCAGCUGAAAAAACUUCAUCAAAUGUAUCGCCCUAUGAUUGGCAAACUGAAGACAUUUCAAUACAUCCAGCAGAGAAUUCAGAACACUUCUCAGGGUGGCAUCUACCUGGGGCUCCAUGGUGAGACAGAGGUAGCAGUAAGAACAAGACGCAGUACAGAGGGUGACAAAGAGAAAAAGUUCUUUGAACGAUGUGGUAACUCUAAACAUCUACUGAAGCUCUUCCAGUUUGAGAAGGCGAGAGGCUACAUGUACUUGUGCUUCCCUCUCUGGGAGAAAAACCUUGAAGAACAUCUGCAGGAACCAAAAGACCACAAGGAUUACAAAGACGCUCUGAGGAUGAUCUUCCAGGCAGUGAGAGAGCUGCACUCCCUUGGAUUUGCGCACCAGGAUCUGCAGCCCAGCAACUUUUUAAUAGAUUUAGGUGGCAAAAUUUACUUGGCGGACUUUGAUAAUAAAAGAAAGUUGAUUGAAGACAAAAAAGAACUUAGAAACUCAGAUUUAGAGGCCCUCAGCAGGCUCGUGCUGUAUGUUCUAGCAGGGGGUAGGAAACCCCUUCAGCAAGUCAGUACCCAGGAUUUAGCUGCCGAUUCCCCGGAUUACAAGGAGGCUCUAGACCUUGUACAUUGCCUGGUCUCUCAUGAUGAGCGAGGCUUGGAAGGUUUGAGCAACCACCCCUAUUUCUCCAGCAAACAGGCCAGGUUCCAGUUCCUGAAAGGUAUAUGGAAUAAAAUCAAAGAUCUCGACGAGCGAUACACUGUCUUUCAAGCUUCUAAUACUACUGAAGGAUUUCCUUAUCCAAGGUGGACUGAGGAGAUUGACAGAUAUGUUCUGCAUAUCAUGAAAAAUCCCAGGAGAGGAAGAUCAUAUGAAUACAGAAACAACGUCACCGACCUCCUGAGGUUCAUCAGGAACCUGGAUGAACACCCAGACCGCGGGGUCAGCGACAGAAUAGGAGACUAUGCUGACUAUUUCUUGAGGCUUUUUCCAGCACUUACCAUUUAUGUCUACAACAGUUUACGCCAGAAUCCCAAAUAUAGCCACUUGGCAGACAUUCAGGACCCUUCUCUGUAGGAUGUUAUUGCCUCAUAUCCCAUGUCUGAUCCCACCAUCACUGCCUCUUUUUAUUCCCUGUUUCUCCACCUGCAAAAGAGUUGAUGAAAGUGGGUAAGGAGAUGGGAGAGAGCACAUGCAGGGACAGGGCAUGGAGAACUUAGACUGGGAAAUGAAAGAUGCUUCAGAAGCAUUUGGUAUGACAACCAUGGACCUUGAGGAGGAAUGAAGCUGAGUGCCAGCCCAGGUCCUCCCUGACUACCUCUGUCCCUCUGGGCUUAUCUGUCUGUGAUGUUGAGAUCAAGGAGGUCCUUUAUGGAGAGCAGGGAGAUGUGGGACAGCCCCGGUACACCCAAUGUAUCUGGGAGACAGCAGAGCUCAGGCAUUUCCAGACAACAUGGGACUCUCCGAUAAAGGAAAAGGAGUUCGAGCUCCUUGCUAGGGCCAAUAUUCCCUACAGCUUGCACUGACGAGCCACUAAUCUACCCCUAGGACACCAGGGAUUUUCUCUUUUCAGUCUUUUUGAAACACUGCAGCAGGAAAAUGAGAUGCCUAGGCAAUGGUCUGGCUGCAGAGUUGCCCUUGGCCCAUCACCGCUCUGAUCUGGUAGAGGCACACUCAGCCCAGCCUGCUGGCACCUGCAGGACUUCUGUUGGAGGAUGCAGGAGAUGCUUCCACGAGCAACAGACGUAAAGAGCACAAUCCCACAAAACUCUGCUGCUGCGAGUAGUCCUGGCUCACCUGAAAAAGGCCGCUAAUGCCAAAGGGACCGGUUCCUGCUGGAAUGGACAAUCUCUGCGGUGGCAGGCUGGGUCUGCAAGGCAGGGCUACGUACAAGCACCCCCUGUCUCCAAAACGGUGCUGCUGGUGGUGUGUCACUGUCCCCCUGCCAGACCCGGCUCCCGUGCGCAGAGCUGGUGCCCACCCAGCCGUAGCAUGCUCAGAGCUUUGGGUUUGGAGGCCGGGUGGCACAAACCCAUUUCUGAAAUCCAACGGCGUGCAACGCGCGUCUGAUUGUCCGAGGGCUUGCUUGUUUCUCAGCCGACGCUCUGAUUUGCACAAUGAUUAUAUGUUGCUUAGGGAAAUAUUUUUCAGCCGUUGAAAAGACUUCUAUUUUUGUUCAAACUGAGAUUGGUAUUCUUUCAAUUAGCCUACAGAGAACCACGCUUGGAAUAAACUUGCCAGGAAAACUGACUCUUACUACACCUGUUUAUGAAUGGCGUUCCCCCAUCCCCUCUGCCCAGAAAGAGACAGUCUACAGCACUAUAAAAUGCCCCAAAGGUUGGGAUUUUUGCCCCCCCUGCCCGCCCUGAAGGUGCCUCUUGCUUGUUUAGGUGGAUGGUUUUGUCACUGCUCAGAUGAAUUGCUCCUGGCCCAUAGGGGU